CGAUUGAUGUGAUUACAGAAUUUGCUAGUAAUUACACAUCAUGGUCAAGAGAUUUGAGUGUUCGAUUUAAUUCAGCUCUCGCAUCUUUGGGUUUUGUGACCGGAGAUUUUACGAAGUACGGUCAAUUAUUUACAUCUCGAAGUAAAUUGCCAGAAAGUCCAAGUAUUUCUUACACUCUUAAUUGUAAUGGUAAAACCUCUAAAAUUAAUCGGGAAUGGAAAUCUUUUAUUAAAGCAUUUUCAUAUAAAUCCCCAUACAUUGAUGGUACUACAGUUGGUAAAGCAAAAUUGAUUUUUGAUGCAUUCAUUGCCAGAUUUUAUAUAUUACAAGAUUUUGGUGUGGUCUUGAUUUCGACUGAAAGCGUGAGUGAUUCUAACCUUAAAUAUCGUUAUAUGUCCGAUAUGGUUUUUGGAUUUAAAUUACUUGCUGAAAAAGGUAUAGAAAAG